AUGUGGGAGAGCCUACGUCAUAAUUUGUUGCUGAGGGGGCCUGCGUUCGCGCGGCCCCUGCCCAAUUCUCAGUUCAAACACUUUUUGGGUCUGGUUUCUAGGUUCAACGCAUUUGGGCCUUGCUUCUAG